GCGACUAACACGUACGGGGGAGGAAUAGUAAUACUAUCUGAUUAGCGUACACGAAAAAUACGUAGGAAGUUACCAGACAUUAGACUCCGUGAUGAAUAACGGCGGAUUUAGCGGUAAUAGGAAUGGCGGGAACGGGAACUAUGGGAACGGGAACUACGGGGGAGGGAACACCGGCGGGAACGGGAAUUAUGGGGGAGGGAACACAGGCGGGAGCGGACAAGGGCCGACAUGUUACAACUGCGGUAAGACAGGCCAUAUAGCUAGAGAUUGCUGGUCAAGGAGACCAAGCCAAUCAAACGAUCCAGAGCUAGAUGGCAUGAAGGAGUUCUAUAGGGACCUGAUAAAACAGAAGCAGGAUCAGGAGGAGAAGAAGAGACAGGAGGAGGAGCGACGACAGAGGGAGGAGGAAGAUAAACGGAUGGGUGACGAGCUCUCGAGGAAGGCUCAGGAACUGAAGGCCGAGAUGGAUCGAGAAUUGAGAGAGAGUCUACGAAAGCAGCAAGAGGAACUUCGAAAACAGGUGGAUGUACUAAAGAGAGGGAGAGACCCACCAGACGACGUGCCAAGACGGGUCCGUGCUAAAUAUGGUACGGACACCGGGACCGACUUCUCGGCUUCAGAAGAGGAGUCAAAUCUGAAUAAAAAAGUGGCUGCGCUGAUACGCCUUUUGGAGUCAAGAUCACCACCGACAAGAGCAGCCCCCGAAGCGACCCCGCGACGCUCUCCUCGGAUUACACCAAGACAGACUUCGGUAACCAGGAGGCAAACAAGAUUCGAGCAAGGAGAGAGCUCAGCAGCAGUUGGAAGAAGAACGAUGCGCGAAGAAGGCAGUAAUGACAAAGGAAAACGGACGCUGGAGGACGAUCAUCAACCAGGAGACGCGCCCAGCAGAUCACCAGCGACCCCGCCACCAUCCGCAACGAAGACGCCAGCCUCAUGUUGAAGGAGCGGCAUGCUGGACUUCAUCUUCAACCUACAACGAGAGAUUACGUCGAAGAGGGCGGAUCGCAUUAAAGUACUGUGUC